AGUUUAUGCAGGAUGUGUUUCAUGUUAAGCCACUUUAAUAAUAUUUCAUUGAGUUUCUAAAGUACUUAUUUACAGUUUAGUGUUCUUACAUGAGGUUGAAAAGUGUAACGUUGGACUUUAGGCGAACUGUUUGCGACGCCAUGUCUCUAUGAGGAGAUGAAUUCCCACCAGUGGCGCAUUUCAGUUCAGAUACUUAUUGUUUUGUGUGGACAUUUGGCUCAAGCAGCCACAGACUCAGCCGUCAGUGACAGUACAACAACUGAAACACCUCUCAGCACACCAACCCCUGCUCCUGGAAUCACGGAGGCAGCCACAGGCUUCACUGACGUCGGUACCACUGAGGCUGAAAGCACCGCGCUGACGGAGGCUCAGACCGCGGUCACUGAGGCUCCAACCGCGGUCACUGAAGCUCCAACCGCGGUCACUGAAGCUCCGUCUGCAACCACCGUCCAACCUGUGCUGACUCCAGAGGGUUGUCUCUGUGAUUUAACCCCUGAUUUCUGUGACAUUGGCUGCUGUUGUGACACAGAUGAUUGUGUCAUUGGUAACCUGAGCACUGUCUUCAUCGGAUGUCCACAGAAAGCUAUAUCAGGAGUUUGCAUCGAGAAGUGGCUGAUAUUCAGAGCCAACGUGGAUUCAUCUCUUAUUACUGUGAAUGACUCGUUGUUUUGUGUUCAGACUAAAGACAAUGCACCUCAUUCUCUACCAGCUCUACCUUCGUAUCCGGCCUUAGGGGACUCGUACCACUUCUCACCUCCGAAACCUACAAGCACAAGUUACAGCAGAGAUUUUUACAGGGUUGAUGAUGUCAUCCUGACAUUUUUCUCCAGCUCGUCUGUGCAGGGCCUCCUUAGUCAGCCGUCUCCAGGGACUGCGGCUGCCUUCUGUGUCAACCGCAACCCUGCAAAGUUCAUGAGGUCGGUGUCUCACUCUUGUACCCGCAUGUUGACUCCUCAGUCAUGCACCACAGACCCAAACCUCAACGCCCGCUCCUACUUCUCUGACCUGAGUUUGAUCAAGAUUCCAAUAGGUGAGAUUGCAGAAGUGUCAGAAUAUCUGAUCGCAGUCACUGCUCUGUCUGAAUGGCCUGCACCAAGUCUAAAAAACAACUCCUGUGUUAAUGUGGCGAAGAAGGUGAAUUUUGUCAUAGGUUACACAGGCAGAGGGGAAAUCUCGUAUGCAACAGUAGAUGUCGUCUUAGCUGGUGUGGAUCCGAAUCAGAUGCUGUUGCAGACGCAUUCUGUACAAUUCCAGCUAGCAACACCAAGCCCUACUCCAGGAGGGCCGAGCCCUGCAGUAGGACUAAGAGCGGGAUCUCCUGUCAUCGGUCACUUUGUUGAAACAAUGAAGCCACUGACCACACUGGGGGUCUCACAGGGCGGCGAGUGUUCCUCUGACCCCAGCGCACGAGCUCCCAUCCUCUUCACACACAAUACCGUCACUGGCUGCACGUUCAGUUCCCCCUCUAGUGACUGUUCAGAGCUGCGUUCCCAGAUGUACUGGAUGCUGCAGGAAUUUGCUACUCCCGAUUCAAUCGCCAUGAACUCAGGCUCCCAACCGGAUUGGACGAGAGUCAUCACCCAGGAGUGUCCUGUCAGCUUUCAGGAAACAUGUGACUCAGGCUGCGUUGUCCCUCACUCUCUCUCUAUCCAACUGAUAUGGGCUCGCCAGGGUUCCCUGGACCUUCCCCAGAGCUACAUCCUGGGGGCCAAAUACCUUUUCCAGUGUCGUAGUUUUAAGUGUCCUCUAGCGUCCUCUCUCGCUCUAACCACCGAAGUGACGUUCGUCGAGACUACAGUUUACCCAGAACCCCCCAGGGGUUUGCCUCAGCCUCGCUGGAAGUUUCCAUUUGAUUUCUUCACUAGAGGCACUGUUGAGCUGGACGGGCACACUGUUAUCAACGGCAGUGACACUGAGAAGGUCACAUGGAGUUUAAUGCUGUUCACAGUAAUGUUGCUAACAGGAUUAGAAUUCUUCAGUAGGUAGAUGGAUUAUAGGUAACAGCAGUUAGUUUCAAAAGGCUUUUUAAUCUGAAGAAAAGUAGUAUAUGAAUGAUUGUUUGCUGUGUAAUUCAAUUUUUACAAUGCAAGAAUCAUGUAAAAGUGAAACAAAAGUGAUACAUACCCUAAAAUACUUU